CCCACCCCCACCCAAGAAUCUCAUUCUUUAUAUUGGAAAAAUGGGUUACUUUUUUCAAAUCUUGAUUUGAUUAAGCCUAAUAAAGAUUAUCAGUUUCAGGUAAUUACUUGAUCAUAUGAAGUGUUGGAUUUCAUUUUAGCAUGAUUUGGUUUACUUAAAUGUGGAAUUUUGAAAGAACAUCCUGCCUAAUUCUUGACAAGUCCAUUGAAAUCUUGAUUGUGUGUUUAGUUUAGAUAGGUUGGUGGGAGUUUGGUAUCUAUCAUGAAUUAUGAGCAUGCCUAAGUGAGUGAUAGAGAGGGGUAAAGUGGUCCUUAAAAGUUUUUGAAUCUUGUGGGCUCGAUUUUUCUGUGACUGAUUAGAUGAUAUCAUAAUGCAAUUGUCGUUGAGUCAUGUGAUUGUCAUCGCUUUCCUAAUUUAUUCUCUAAACUUUUUAAACUCAUGUUACAUUCCUGCCUCUACAUCGUAAUCUCAUUUAUAAAUCACACUUGAUUAUUUAGGGGUUAAAUUUCAUUUAUUUAAAUUCACUGUUCUGGUAAAGUUUUGUUGCUAAAAGUAGGUGCACAUUGGGAUUGAGUGAGGUAUGGGUUCCAUUCCAUUUCUCACAAGAAAAAAGAAUAUCUUCUUGGGUUAUGAAAAAGUUCUCUAAUAAGUCUUUUAUCUUUUUCAAUUCCCUUGAUACUUAUCAUCUAUUCUGCAUAAACAUGGUGUCUUUUGCUUCAUAUCCUUCGCCUUUUCACUUUCAAUGAGUAUGGGGCACCAUUAGAGUUCUUUUAGCAACUGGAAUCUUGCAAUUCUGAAGCAUGGAUCUUGAAUACGGAAAUUGUUGGGCCAAUUCCAAGAAGGAUUCAUGGAGGACAACUUUGCUGUUAGCUUAUCAAAGUCUCGGUGUCGUCUAUGGUGACCUCAGCAUUUCUCCACUUUACGUUUACAAAAGUACAUUUGCAGAAGACAUUCAUCACUCUGAAACAAACGAAGAGAUUUUCGGAGUUCUUUCUUUUGUUUUCUGGACAUUAACCCUCGUCCCUCUUUUCAAAUACGUGUUCAUAGUCCUCCGAGCUGAUGAUAAUGGCGAAGGUGGUACUUUUGCUCUUUAUUCGUCGAUUUGCCGGAAUGCUAAAGUGAGCCUGUUACCAAACCGACAAGUGGCUGAUGAAUCGUUAUCUACAUAUAAACUUGAGCAAACUCCCGAGAGAAAAAACAACACGAAAGUGAAAAUGUUGCUUGAAAAAUACAAGUUUUUGCAUACUGCUUUGCUAAUUUUGGUUCUUCUCGGCACCUGUAUGGUGAUCGGAGAUGGACUCCUUACUCCGGCGAUAUCUGUUUUUUCUGCAGUUUCUGGGCUUGAGUUAUCUAUGUCCAAAGAUCACCAUCAAUAUGCAGUAAUACCCAUUACUUGCUUCAUAUUAGUGUGCCUGUUUGCACUACAACACUACGGGACACAUCGAGUUGGGUUCUUUUUCGCGCCCAUUGUGUUAUUAUGGCUUAUUUGCAUAAGUGCCCUUGGAGUAUACAAUAUCAUUCAUUGGAAUCCAAAAGUCUAUCAAGCUCUUUCACCUUAUUACAUGCUAAAGUUCUUCAGGAAGACCAAAAAACAAGGCUGGAUGUCUUUAGGAGGGAUUUUACUAUGCAUAACAGGCUCCGAAGCUAUGUUUGCCGACCUUGGUCACUUCUCUUAUGCUGCAAUUCAGAUCGCGUUCACUUUUCUGGUUUACCCGGCGCUCAUACUUGGUUACAUGGGUCAAGCGGCUUACUUAUCAAAGCAUCACGAGAUGAACGACAACAUCAGUUAUUACGUUUCGGUUCCAGAAAGUUUGAGGUGGCCGGUGCUUGCAAUUGCGAUUCUUGCUUCUGUUGUGGGAAGCCAAGCGAUCAUCAGCGGGACAUUCUCGAUCAUCAACCAAAGUCAAUCACUCGGUUGCUUUCCAAGAGUCAAAGUCGUGCAUACGUCCGAUAAAAUUCAUGGUCAAAUCUACAUACCGGAGAUCAAUUGGAUACUCAUGAUCCUAUGUAUCGCUGUCACCAUCGGUUUUCGUGAUAUCAAACACAUGGGAAAUGCAUCAGGAUUGGCGGUAAUGGCGGUGAUGCUCGUGACGACGUGCCUCACAUCGUUAGUAAUCAUUUUAUGUUGGCACAAACCGCCAAUUGUUGCGUUAUUUUUCCUUUUAUUCUUCGGUUCAAUCGAGUUACUAUACUUCUCGGCUUCCCUAGUCAAAUUCCGCGAAGGUGCGUGGCUACCAAUCCUACUCGCCCUCUUCCUAGUCACCAUAAUGUUCGUUUGGCAUUACGCGAGUGUCAAAAAAUACGAAUACGACCUUCACAAUAAGGUCUCAUUAGAAUGGCUCCUAGCCUUGGGUCCCACUUUAGGCAUGUGUCGUGUACCCGGGAUCGGGCUCGUGUUCACCGAUUUAACCUCGGGGAUCCCCGCAAACUUUUCGCGGUUUGUCACAAACCUUCCGGCGUUCCACCGUAUUCUAGUGUUCGUCUGCGUGAAAUCGGUACCCGUCCCGUUCGUCCCUCCGGCCGAAAGGUACCUAUUGGGCCGUGUGGGUCCUGCAUCCCUUCGAGCUUAUCGGUGCAUCGUGCGGUACGGGUACCGCGACGUGCAUCAAGAUGUGGAUUCGUUCGAGUCCGAUCUUGUUAAACGGUUAGCCGAUUUCAUUCAUUAUGACUGGUGCCGCCCGCGGGCGAGCAGUGCGGGUGAUCACGCGGGGGCUUCCGAUCGGUCCUCCGGGGAGCACCGACUCGCGGUGAUUGGAAACUUUGAGGUGGAUGAAAAUAUGCAACAAGAAAGUGUGUCACUAGGGUUCCAAACGGUUGAGAGCAUAGGGGAUAUAAUUGAGAUGAGUUCACCGAAGGAGAGACGGGUGCGAUUCACGGUUGAUGAUAAUGAUGAGUCGGAAAAUUCGAGUUCACCGGAUGUGCAAAUGAGGCGUGAGCUUGAAGAUUUGUUGGCGGCUCAACAAAGCGGGACCGCGUUUAUUCUCGGGCAUUCGCAUGUGAAAGCAAAACAAGGAUCGUCUGUUUUUAAAAGAUUAGCGAUUAAUUUCGGGUAUAAUUUUUUAAGAAGGAAUUGUCGGGGACCGGAUGUGGUGUUGAAAGUGCCUCCGGCGUCUUUGUUGGAAGUUGGCAUGGUUUAUGUUGUAUAAACUUAGUUUGUGUAAUAACUAGUUUAUGUUGAUAAUAUCAAAAUAUGGAAGAAAUGGAGUUCCCAAAUUGGGUAAAAUGUUUACUUUUCACUUAAUAGAAUUCACUUAAAUGUUGUUUUUUCAAAUACCAUUUAUCCAAACACAAGUUUAUAUCGAUAACAAACACUUCAUAGAAAAACAAACUUACAGAAAAAAUGACUUAAUACAAAAAGUCAGUUUGUUUAUUGAACCCCAUUAUUAGUGAAAUAAACUAACCUCUUUUAUUUCUAACUAUAAUCUUGUUCAAGUUCCACGAAGAUCACGAACACGAUUCUGAAUCAAUUUCCUCUCCCACUCUGCCACAUUCCCAAACGCAUCUUCCGGAAGAUUCUCGAAAGGCUCUUUCCCGGGAUCAUUUUUAGCCAAAUCAUAAGUAGCACCUCGUAUCGCCUUUUUAUUCGGUCCACAUGGUCUUAUUGUAGUAAGCUUAUCAUAUGCUGUAUUCAACUCCAUGUCAAGGAACCAGAACAUGUAAGCAAUGGAAACAGCAGGAGCGCGACCUAAACCAGCUGUACAAUGUACAUACACCUUUCCUUUUCCUUCAGAAAUGGCCCAUUCUAGUGAAGAAACAGCUUUUGGUAACAUGCUCCUUAAAGAAUCUGGAUCAAAAUCUCUUGCGGGUCUUCUCAUAUGGCGAAUUCCAUUUUGUUUACAUCUUUUGACUAUCGAUUCCAAAUCUAUUCCCCAAUAAGCAAUAUCGCUGUCCUGUUGUAAGUUAAGAAUGUAUGCCACAUUUUGUUCGUUUUUAAGGUGGUCGAUAUCUUCGGCUUUUUGAGGUU